GACAGCUUCGAUUCCUUUCUUCUUUUUCAGAUUUCCAGACACGGUUUUCAUAUUCCCAAAUUCUUUCAUUCUCAUCCUCAAUUUCCCAACCUCACCCCACCAUUUAUUUUAUUCAUUUUCUUCCUUUAUUAAAAAAAAAGGGGAAAAAGAAGUCGUCCAAAUCUGUGUAUCUUUUGCUUUACUAUAUAUAUAUAUAUAUACAUAUAUUCUGCGAGGUUUUGGUCCACAAGGACUCAAAACUCUGUGAUUUACAUCUAAAAUGGCGACGUCGGCUCAGCUUCGGCUCAUGUCCGAUCUCAGAACCAUAACAAGCGAGCCUCCUGAGGGUUGCAGCGCCAGCCCUCUGUCCGAUGAUAACCUGAUGGUGUGGAGCGCCACCAUAUUUGGGCCCGAGGAGAGCCCCUGGGAAGGUGGUGCUUUCAGUUUGAGGUUAACAUUUGGUGAACGUUACCCCGAGAAGCCGCCUCGGGUUCGAUUUACCUCUGAAAUGUUCCAUCCAAAUGUUUAUCAUGAUGGUUCACUGUGCAUGGAUAUAAUUCAGGAUGCUUGGUCACCCUGCCACAAUGUAUCUACGAUUUUGACAUCUAUUCAAUCGCUUCUCACUGAUCCAAAUCCUGCAAGUCCAGCAAACAACGAGGCCGCUCACAUGUAUCAGCAUGACAUACAAGCUUACAACAAGAGGGUACGCCGCUGUGCUCGUCAUUCCAUUGAUUCGUUGUAGUAUCUGUCUGGAAUUUGUCUCUAUUUUUCUCUUGACUUUUGGAGAAAGCUUUUUAUUGUGUGUAUCAUGCUCUACUUGUUGAAUGUAAUCAAUCAUAUAGAUUUUCUUUUCCUUCUCAUGUAUCAUUCAAACGAAGUUAUGUCAAUAUUUACACACGUCAAAUCGUGUUUUAAUUUCUCUUGGUGGAUA